AUCAUUAAGAAAAUGUGGAAAUAUCUUGUCCCUGUACUCAUGACAGGAUUACUGAGUCCAAGUGAGGGAUGCCUAAGCUUGCUACCACCAAUGCAAGGGUUUGCCAGGAGAUUAGGAAAAGCAGCGACGGAUAUGAUUGUCGAAGUACCAAUGAUAAAUGUUCCCGGACAAAGGUUCACAGCAACUCAUGGUAUCCAAGCUAAGAAAGGAGAACAUAAACUCUUCCUGUUUACGGUGGAGGACUCUAACGCUAACUAUGCUGCUCUAUCAGGAAACGUAGCAGUAGCUGGUGUACUACAGGGUGCCCCACAAAAAUAUGAGAUGUAUCUUAAAUAUGGAUCCCCACCUACAGUAGCUAAAUACGAUUAUAGAGCACAGGUGACUGCUGCAGACAGUUAUAAUGGAGAGAAGCUAUACAGUAGAGAUAUAAGAAUAGAAAGACCUAUUCCAGGGCAAUAUUACCUGCUUAUCAGAGCAUUAGAAGAUUUCCAGGAGCUCCUAGUAACAGCUAUAGUAGACACUCCUCCAGAUAUAGAGGAGGAGAGAGCAGCUAAACCUGGAUUCACCAUUCAGAGAAUGGGAAAAUAUCAGUGAUUAUCUUGCUCCGGGUACUCUCUAGAACCCUUACUCUGGGUAAUCUCUAGAACUCAUACUCCGAGUAAUCUCUAGACCCUUAACUCCGGGUACUCUCUAGAACCCUUGCUCCGGGUACUCUAUAAAACCCUAACUCCGGGUACUCUUUAA